CUUCUUCUCAUCUUUCUCUAUUUCACUACAAUACUAUAUUUUUUUCUUACUUCCUAGAACACCCUUUAUCAAACUAGCAAAAAAGGAACAACACUGGCUGUCCCAAUCUCUACCAUUGUUCUGAAGGAAAAUAUCUACAAGAGUACAAGACUCUAACAGUAACCACCUCCACGCUAUUGGUAUAUUACAGAGCUCCACCACCACGCUAUAUUUCCUCAUCGCGAAAGCAGAGAGAAGAAUUUCUGAACAACGAUGAAUUCCGUAGGCGACAUCCAAAAAAGCAUCCAGUCCUUGGAGUUGGACUCAGCAGAUGAUAACAAUGAGGAAAUUGCUGCUCCUGAAGAAGUGAAAUCUAAUGAAGACGAACAAAAAGUGGUGGAAAUUAAGGGUGUUCGUACACCUCUUUCCUUACCAGAAGAAGAAGAUAUAAAUCAUUUAUCUAGAAACAAAAUGGAUCGGAAACAGCAGCAGCAGAGGCAACAGAGAAAAGCAAGGCCAAGACUAGAUCGAACAAUUGUAGAAAACUAUAGUAAAGAAAAACAUAGUAAUGAUGAUGAUGAGUAUGACGUUGAAAGAGGAAGAGAUGCUUCUACAACAUUUUCUUCUUCCUUACUGGAAGAAGAAGAUUAUUCUAUUCUAAAAACUCAUUCACUUGAUAUUCUUCAUGCUGGUGAAAUUGAUAGGAUUUGUUUGAGUUUAGGGCUUUCUGGUCCUGAGGAUUUUGCAAUUUCUCCUAGCGAUUGGAAGGAGAGUGAAGCUAAUUCUUCAUCUGAUCUUCUUUCUAGUUCGAAUUCUCAUUUCUAUCGUAAUAAUUCUCUUGUAAGUAAUAGAAUUAGUAGUAGUAAUAGUAUUGAUGCCCAAUUGGAAAUAAAUAAGGUUGAUGUGGUUGUUGAUGAUGUAGUUAAUAGUGAAUUUCAAGCUAGGGUUAGGGUUACUGAUGAUGUGAUUUGUUCUUCUUCUACUGUUAUUGCUCCUGGUUCUGCUUCUGUAGCAGUAAUAGUAGGUGGAGGAGGAGGAGGAACUAAGGGUGUUCGGGCACCUCUUCUCGCUCCUCCGCCACCUUCGUUGUCCCGCCCUGUUCUUGAUAAUUCAGGAUCAACUUGGGAUCUGAUUAGUUCUUUUGCUCCCAAAGAUAGUACCUACAAUAUUGGCAACACAACAUCGUCUUCUGGAGUUGAACAAGAAGACUUGGAAAUUGGAUUUCACGACAUUAUUUCACCUAAUGGCAGGUUCGGACGAAACAUUAGGUCGUGGACCAAAGGCACUUUUCUAGGAAGCGGUUCUUGGGGAACAGUGUAUGAAGGAUUCAGUGAUGACGGGUUAUUUUUUGCUGUGAAGGAGGUCUCUUUACUUGAUCAAGGAAACCAGGGAAAGAAAAGUGUAUAUCAGCUAGAGCAGGAGAUCGCACUGCUAAGUAAUUUUGAGCAUGAGAACAUUGUUCAAUAUCUUGGAACAGACAAGGCUGAAGGUAAACUUUAUAUCUUCCUCGAGCUAGUUACAAAAGGUUCGCUUGCACAGUUGUAUCAAAAGUAUGAUUUAAGAGAUUCUCAAGUCUCUUCAUACACAAGGCAGAUUCUCCAUGGUUUGAAGUAUCUGCAUGAUCGAGACGUGGUUCACAGGGAUAUUAAAUGUGCCAAUAUACUGGUGGAUGCAAAUGGGUCGGUAAAGCUUGCGGAUUUCGGAUUGGCAAAGACAACCAAAUUAAAUGAUGUGAAAUCUUCCAAAGGAACUGCUUUUUGGAUGGCGCCUGAGGUUGUUAAUAGGAAGAAUACUGGCUAUGGACUUCCAGCUGAUAUCUGGAGCCUUGGUUGCACAGUCUUGGAGAUGUUAACUCAUCAACUUCCGUACGCUCCCCUAGAAUGGAUGCAAGCAACCUAUAGGAUUGGGAAGGGUGAACCACCAUCUGUUCCUAAUAACCUUUCGGAAGAUGCACGAAGCUUCAUCCUCAAGUGCUUACAAGUUAAACCAGAAGAUCGACCGACUGCUGCUAUGCUUUUAGAUCAUCCAUUUGUGAAUAGGUCUCUUGCAGCUUCUUCAAUUUCUAACUCUCCUUUUCAAAGCAGUUGGAGAUAACCCAAGUCCCCAUCUCUCCAUAAUUUCAGAUUGAGGGAGCAUAAUAGUAUUCCACUUCACUUAUGUCUGUCAGUAUGUGCAUCACAUUUUGAUACCAGUGUAUGUAUAGGAGCAUGUAUCCACAUGGAGAAAAUCAAAAGAGUUGUUCUAGGAGUGGAUUACACCCCCAUGUACAAAUUUGAAAUAUCAGAUUAUUCUGAUACGUUUAAUCUCAUCAAAUUGAUGCGACAUCAAAGUUUCAGUUUAUAAUUGCUCAUGGACAUUUUUCUUUUUGA